AUGCCCGAGGAACAAAUCCCACUCGAUGACCACCAGCGUCCGGCGUCGUCGUCCUCUUCUGCACCCCGAUCCCGUCAGCCAUCGCUUGGAGAGCUUCAGGAAGCUCCACCCGACGGUGGAGGUGGCGGCCAUUUUGUGGCCAUUCGCAACAUGCUAAACGCAUCUCGCAAUCGCCCGGUGGCGCGUAUCGCCCCACUUGAACCAUCAUUUGUGCCAGCACCACAGCGUUACUUUCCGAUCGUCAUACCCGCCGAACCGACCAUUGAAGAACUGCUGCGUCAAGCGGCCGGAACGGAGGACCUCGCCACGGUUACCGAGAUCAAGCUGAAGGUCAUCUCGCACAUGACCAGCCUGCAGCGGAUACCGUGCUUUAUACCACAGCUGCGUUCGCUCAUCCUGGAGGGCAGCAUAGUGAUGACCUUGCGGGAUCUAGGAUGCGAUAUGACGUUCCUGCGCUACCUGAACGUGUCCCGGUGCAGUUUGAAGCACCUGGAUGGGACAACUGGGCUCGAGUCACUGGAGGAGCUGGUGGCGGACUAUAACCUCAUCCAGGAGGUGGGACCAUGCACGAAUCUGACCAACAUCAAAAAGAUCAGCUUGAAGGGCAAUCGCAUCACCGACCUGGGCAGUCUCACCUUUCUGGCGUUGUGUGAAAAGCUGGAGGUGUUGGAUUUACGCGAGAACUUCGUUUCCGAGGACCCAUCCUUUUGGCACGUGCUCAGAACCAACAUCCCGCAGUUACGCUGCAUAAAUGAUACCACGUUCCGGGAGGCGACCGGUGAUGAAACGGAUCUUUCCAGCUCGGAUUAUCGAUCUUCCAGCUCUGGUAGUAUCGAGGACGUCCAUCGGGGUCGCUGGGAAGGACUUGAACCCGUUGCAGGACAGGUGUAUCCCCGGCAUAGUGCACCGAUCGUGCGUCCAACAACGGCCAACAUUGAACGACGUGUCACGGUCGAGCUGCUUGAUCAGCAACGUCCCUCAACGGCCGAUCCAACGAAAAUAAAAGCCCAACUAACUUCCGGUGAACCGGUGGUCGGAAGUGUCGUGACGAAGGCACGUCGUCGGCGUCGUCAGCGAACAGCCUGGGGUGAGUCGACAUCCUGCUCGAGUGUCAGUAGCUCGGAUUCGUCCUUUUCGAAGGAUUUCCCCGAUCGUUUACCCCAGAAAGCGGUCGAUCUCGAGCUCGGUGUGAUCGGGGUGGGUCAGGGUCAGGGUCAGUCGUCGCGGGGAAUUCAUCAACAAAGACCAGCCGAACCCGCCACCGGAACGGACGAUGAUCCGCAGAACUUGUUGCGUGCGGCACGACUUUGGCGCCAGCGAUCGUUGCAGACGCGGGAAACCAUACGCGAGCAAGAACAGCGGCUCGUUCUGCGGCAGCUGCGAGAUGAGGAGUAGACACGCGAAUGAUCGUGUAUGUGAAAUUUGUUGUGAAUUAAUGAAAUCAGCCAAGCUGCAACA